UGCGUCCCUUGACACGCGUCUCCUCAACCUAUAUAUCUGUCUUCUCUUCCUCCUCCUCCAUCCUCCAUUUCUCAAUUCUCUCUCUCUCUCUCUCUCUCUCUCUCUCUCUCUCUCUUCUGCGAAUUGAACAAUCAACACAAAGCACGCCAUGGCGAUAAGGACGGUAAAAGUCAAUAAUCUUUCAUUGACAGCAACUGAGCAAAACAUAAGGGAGUUCUUCUCUUUUUCCGGUGAAAUUGAUCGUGUUGAAAUGCAUAGUGAUGAUGAACGGUGCCAGAUGGCAUAUGUUACUUUCAAGAAUCCUGAAGGAGCAGAGACUGCAGCUCUUCUUUCGGGUGCGACCAUUGUCGAUCAGGCAGUCACUAUAGCUCUAGCACCAGAUUACGAACAAUCAGAUGAUGCUUCCGCGGUGCCGACUGCAACUGAGAACAAGGGAGCUGCUGCUGGAUCUCCAGUCCAAAAGGCAGAGGAAGUUGUAAGCAGCAUGCUAGCUAAGGGAUUCAUCUUAGGUAAAGAUGCGCUUAGCAGAGCAAAAGCAUUUGAUGAGAAACACCAUGUCACCGCAACUGCUACAGCAACAGUUGCUUCUCUAGACCAAAAGAUUGGUCUGAGUGAAAAAAUCAGUGCUGGAACAACUGUGGUGAAUGAGAAGAUGAAGGAAAUGGACCAGAAGUUCCAGGUUUCGGAGAAGACAAAGUCUGCAAUAGCAGCUGCAGAGCAGACAGCGAGCACUGCAGGGUCUGCCAUCAUGAGUAACCGUUAUGUGCUGACCGGGGCCUCAUGGGUUGCUGGUGCAUAUAGCAGGGUCACUAAGGCAGCAGGGGAAGUGGGGCAGAAGACACAAGAGAAGGUGGCGGCUGAGGAGGAAUCACAGGGAAGGAAAACCUGAAGGGAACCUUUGAAUUCAACAAAAAACUGCUGAUGUUAUAGAACCCUUCGCAAGCCUGUCAGCUCAAGGUUUCUUAACUUGAUUUAGUAGCAUCUUUGGCCGUAGAUGUUUGUUAUUUCAAAGAUUUCAGUGUUGCUGGUUGAUAGUAGUUCGGGAAGCUUUUAGAGAAUUCGAAUAUAUUACUCAUGGUUGCAUGUUUAUGACUUGAGCUUGAACAGUACCGCGAUAAAUUGGGCUAACAACCGAAUUCUUCUCUUUGCAUUGCAA